AUGCGCCGAGGUUCUGCUUCGCGCAGCGCGAGGUCGGCCAAGAUCGCCGUUUGCGAUCUCCUUUCCCGCUUGGUGCCUUUGCCCGAUCAAUCCGCUCCUUCCACCUACAUCAUCACCCCAGAGAUCACAUCAACGCUUCACAAAAACCUCUUUCGUCAUCUCCUCGAAAGCGUUCCCAGCCCCGCCGUUUUCAUACCAUGCGACCCCACCACCAGCGUCUCUCAGGCGCUUGCGCUUCUCGCAUCCUAUGGCUGGAACUUGUCACGCGCUCAGAUUGAAGAGACUCGCCAAGUUGCGCUAGCGCGCAAAAAGGGAAAACAGGCGCAGCGAGCGCAAUCGCCCUGGUCCACCUCGAGCGCCUACGAUGAUGUCGAAGAUCCCGAUCUCCUUGGUCCCGAAUACUCGGAAUCCCGCAGAGGCAUGCCGUGCGGUCACCUUUUCCAAAAGGGCGAGGCCGUUUACCGAUGCCGAGAAUGCAGCCUCGAUGACACUUGUGUUCAAUGUGCUCCCUGCUUUCAAGCUUCCAUCCACGCCAAGCAUAACCACGACGUUGUCUUCAGUGUCUCAUCCUCGAACGGAGGCUGCUGUGACUGCGGAGACCCCGAGGCUUGGAAGCAGGACGUCUGCUGUCGCUACCACUCACAAUCCUUCUCCAACUCCAUCACUGCCAACGCCGACAUGGAGCUCGAAAGUGAAUCCCAACCGCCUCACCACGUCAUUUCCAGUGCCACUCAGCCUGAAGCACCCUCAGUCACAUCCGAAGAGGCCGAUGGUCUCGAUCAGAUUGACGCGGCUCUAGCCGCACUCCCCUCGCAGCUCCGUGACCCUCUGCUGGACGUAAUCUCCGAGCUGGUCAUGCUCAUCGUCACUGUCUUUGACCAUGCUCCCGAGUUUGAGGUUGUCUCUUCCCUGCAUACUCCAGACGUGGUAUCCCAGCUGCCCAGCCUCCAGGACGGUCUCGUCUCGCAGCAAUCCAGUAGCACCCCAUCCAAGCGCAAAAGCAGCACCACGGGACCGCGCGAUAGCGAUGAGGACAUGAGUGCAGUCGAGGUAGACAAUCUGGUAGGCGAUAGCAUCGACGAGGACGAACAAGACGACGAGAUCAACUCGCACCGCGCCUGGGGUUCACGCGCGCCUAGAGCUAGCCGCUCGAGCCCAGGCAGCAAAUACAUGGCCGAAGGCAGUAGCUGGCGGUCGGCCCCCCACUCCCUCGACACACAACCAGACCUCACUUCCGACAAUGUCAUGGCAGCUAGCGAGAUGCUCUCCGCCUCUGAGCCAUGGAGAAAAUUCGGCUUGGAUGGCGCAAAGGCGCAAGUCACCGGCGACUCUAACAGCACCAAUCGCCAAUAUGCGGUGCUACUGUGGAACGACGAAAAGCACAGUUUCAGCCAGGUGAUCGACAUUGUCACCGAUGCAACAGGCCGCUCUGAGCAUGACGCAAAAGGUGUCGCGGAGCGCGUUGACAAGCACGGCCGGGAAAUCAUCGAGGUUGGUUCGGACCUGCGCCGUCUUCAUCAGAUCGCGCGUGUCUUGCAUUCCAUCGAUCUCGCUGUCACUAUUCGACCCGCUUUCGACGUCUUUGCCGAGGAAGUCAUUCAAAUCGUGCUCAACUUCCUGAUGGAUUUGUCCAACUGCAAUCUCUAUCUUCCCUCAUCGCACGGUGCUACCACAUUGUCGUCGUCGAUUCCGCUCAGUUCUUGGCUAGGUCAACCUCUCAAGCCCGACGCUGCUGCGUUCAAGCACAUUGUCGCCCGCAGUUUUUUCACCCCCUUUCAUCCUCUCAAGCCGAUCGAGGCAGGCUCAAUGAGCCCGGAAUUCUUCGACCCUCGCGACCUUACUCACUACGAGGGCCUCCUACUGAUGGAUUGCAAGCUGUGGAAGUCGGCUCGCAUCGACAUCAAGGCGCUCCUCAUGUCCCUCAUCGCCCGCCGAGAGAUCAAGAAGGAGGUAGCGCUGCGCUUUGCCAAGAUCUAUCCCAAACUCGUCGAGACCUUCAUGAUCAAGGAUCGCGAGCAAGAAUAUUCCAUUUGCUUCUUAACCGUCCAGCUCUUCAGCGUGCCCUCGAUCGCAACCAUGCUGGUCGACAAGGUGGGCUUCUUGUCCAAGCUCCUCCUGCUUCUUCAGUCCAUCUUUGCCGGCUCGCUCGUCAACGAAAAGAUGGACCUCAUCCUCCCACCACCGACGCGUAUUCAAAGCCAGGCCAACGUUCACCUCAUCUUUUUGCGUCAAUCGCGCAGCUACCACAUCUUUUACGACAUCCGCUACCUGCUUGCGUCCGAAGGCGUACAGAAGCUCAUCGCAAAGGCAGAGCGUGAGCAUCUCGACUAUUUCCUCGCCUGCCUGUCUCUUUUCCAGGCGAUCCAUCCGUCCAAGCGAGCUGUUUCAGCUCACGUCGAAUUCGAGAGCGAAAUGUGGAUCCCCGUCUUUCACAUCAGCUCGCAUCUCGGUAAGGCCGCCAAGAUGUUUGGCGAGGCGUUUGCCCAUGCCCAGCCCGAAAAGCUUGUCGCGGCCAUCGUGGUCACCAUCUACGCCAUUUAUUGGAGCUCUUGCAAGCUGGCAAUCGAAGACCCGGAUUCGUGGCCUCAGACCACCUUUCACGAUGCCAGCUACACCAUUGGCACUAGUGCUGGAACAAAAACCAUGUCCGUCAUUUCAUUUGCGGUCGAGUCGCAACCUAUCAGCUUUCACCACCCGCUGCAUUGGCUUCUCGCCGAGCUGAUCAGGCAAAUCUCCGUCGUUGGGCAUGACGCAUUGCAGACAUGGUCCGGCUCCGAACGUCUCGACGCGUUGCUGCGCACCAGAGUGGACGAAGACAACUUGCUGGUCGCCAUCGACUCUCCGCUGCGCGUCUGUGUCAAGCUUGCGCAGAUCCGCUGCAACAUGUGGGUACGCAACGGUUUCGUCAUCCGCUCUCAAGCGCAUCACUAUCGCGACAAUUCCAUGCGUGCCAUCAUGUACGACCAGGAUCUGCUGCUUGUCCAGGCUGGCUUUGCUAUGAUUGACACGGACCGCUACCUGCUUACCCUGCUCGAUCGCUUUCAUCUUCUCAACUGGUUCAACCAGACGGAUUCGCCGGCAGACAAGCCCUACGAUACAGUGCAAGGCGUCUUCCUGGCAGAAGAGCUCCUUUUCCUUAUCACGACGUGCUUGUCCGAGAUGUCGUCGGUAUGCGCCUGGCCUAUCGAAGCACAGAUUCGACGCGAGGUCAUCCAUUUCCUCGCGCUGGGCCAAGGAACAUUCACCGACGUAACCAAGAACAUCCCCGAAAAGUUCACCGACCAUGCGGCUUUUGAGCGAAUCUUGUCGCAGGUGUCGACCUUCCGCGCCCCCGAUGGUACGCACGAUUUCGGUAUCUUCGAGCUCAAGGACGAGUGCUACGCCGAAAUUCAACCUUUCUUCUUCCACUACACGCGUAAUCAGCGCGAGAAGGUGGAGGAGGUGCUUCGAGAACGUCAAAAGAAACGGCUGGCUCACAGCAGCGGACGCACGGUUUCUGCCAUCAAGGACGAAGAGCUUCCGCCUUGGGUCCCAAGUGCAUCACUGCACCAGCUUCGCGGCACACUAUUUGGCCGCUUGCCUGAUGUUCUCUCGAACGAUAUACUCGUCUCGCUGCUUUUCAAGGCAUUGGAUCAGACUCGCUCCUUAUUCGCAUAUGCCCCGGACAUGCUCGUCGACGCGGCGCUGCAGAUUGUUAUGAUCGGCUUGGUCGAUGCCGCCGACAGCUUUGCAGACAAAGCAGCGAGCCUGCUCAUCUCACAACUGGAAGCUGCGGACGAUGCAGGCGCAGAAGCCGAGCCAAAGCCAGCUGCCGAGGCAACCCUUGUUGAGAUGCUGUGCCGUGUCGAGCUUCUGGAAAAGUUCAAGCCAUUCAAGGGCAAGAUCACGUGGUGUCUCGAAAAGCUAGCGUCGCAUUCGGAAAAGGCGCGCAGCAUCGUGCGGCCCCACUUUUCCGCCACAGGGCGCGGUGCAAUCUCGGCCGAUGGAUCAGGCUCGGCAGCAAGUGGUGCCCCGAAGAAGAAAAGCGCCGAGGAAGCUCGACGAGCCGCCGCAAAGGCACGUCAGGCCGCUAUAAUGCAGAAAUUUUCGGCGCAGCAAAAGAGUUUACUUGAUCAGCUCGGUGCCGAUGAUGACGACGACGAUGACGAUGACGAAGGCGAGGUGGACGCGGCUACUUCGUCUGUCGGUGCGGAAGGCAAAGCGCCGAAGAGGACAUGGGGCAGCUGCAUCCUGUGCCAAGAGAAUCUGGGCUCGGACAAGGCGUUUGGCAGUCUCGCCCAUAUUCAGCCCAGCAGGAUGAUGCGCAUGACUCCCAAGCAAGAUGCACCCAGCUUGCAGCAGGCGCUAGAAGCGCCGCUCACCAUGGACCGCGGCAGCAGUACUGGCAAGCGAAUCCAAGGCACAGCGCCUAUGGGUCGAUCGGGUCUACCGCAGAACGCAAAGGCAAGGCAGGGACCCGCGUACGGCAGCUUUCCGCAGGAGGACCACCGCCUUGGAUUUUUUGCUUCGGCUUGUGGUCAUCUCAUGCAUCUGCACUGCUUUGAGACCUACUGUCGAAGCGUUGAGCAACGCCAUACGCAACAGAUCGCUCGUAACCACCCAGAGGACUUGCACCGUUCCGAAUUCAUCUGCCCGCUCUGCAAGAGUCUCGGCAAUGUGAUCUUGCCGGUGGCCGACGUCGCUUCUACAACUUCUGCAGAAGGCAUGUUUGCGCCGUUUGGCUCAGUUGUGCCGGACGAAUCAUCAUUGCAAGACUGGAUCCGCAAGAUCAACAUCGACAUCCUGAAGCACUCGUCCAAGACCAAUGUUGCCGACUACCAGGAGACGGAUCAUGGUAGCGGCGCGUUCCUGCCUUUCUUUGUUGAUCACUCGCAAAGCUCGUUGCAGAUGCGGCUCGAGAUGGCCAACAUCGACCGCUCCACCGGCCAGAUGAUUGAUCGACUUAUGAAUGUGCUCAAGCCUAUGUCCCACACCACCAAAGCGGCCAGGGAGAAACUGCAGCAACACACGAUUCUGGCACCGCAGGGUCGCAAAAUGUACAUUCCAGAGGAGCUCGUCGCGUACACGAUAGCGAUGCUCGAAGCGGCUCAACGUGGAAUGACGCCUUCGCCCUCCACGGACUGCACCGUUCCGGUGGAGCAGAGGACCGUCGCUGACGCGCUCAACGAUUCUACUCUUGAACUGUUGAGAUCGUUGAUUCACUGCCUGCGCGUGUCGACGUUGACGUUCCACGAGGGGUCAAAGGGCCCCGACAUUAUCCGGCGUGGACUUCUCAAGCGAUUGCUGCCACACUGGGGUGGCGACGACGCGGUCCGGUCGCCGCUCCUGCUCCGCGAUCCUAUGUCGAUCCUCAUCGAAGCUGCAGUGGUGGCACCAGAUGCAUUGACGCAGUGUACGGCUCUCAUGUACUACGUUUGUCUGGUGCAGACUGUGUUUGGUCUGGCGCAACCGUCGAUUUGGCCGCAGGUGUAUGGUCACAUGGGGACCCUCUUUGGACCAUCUUCUGCACCUCGACCCGGUGCUGGUCUCAAGCCGGGGCACAUCAGCAAGGAAGACGUCGAGGAGGCGAGGCUCAUAUUCCCGGACGUUCGCUGGACUGUCGCCAACAUUAUCGGCUUUGUCGGUUACGCCAGGGGCAACAUCACGCUGGGUUUUGACAACUUGGACGACGAUACAUUGGCUAAGAUGAUCUGCAGCUAUACAUUGCCCUUCCUGCGUCGCGCUGCGAUUCUGCGACGCGUGCUGGGCGUAUCGAGGGCAGGCCUUGGAGGUGCUGACGUCGAGGCGAUGCAGGUGGGAGAAGGGUCGCCUGCCGAGUAUCGCCGGCUUCUAUCGGAGCUGCACAUCCCGUUGCCUUCCGAAGCUUUGCCGGUGCGCGCAGAGAAGCAGACGACGAUGGCAAGCUUGGUGGAAGGGUGGAUCAAGCAUGCUUAUGUGCCGCUGGCCUCGCUGUUCCGGCCGUUGCCGAUCCAACCUGCGCCGCUGGGCAAUUCGCUGUUCGGUGGUAGUCAGGCAUCCAAUUCGGCUGCGCACGAUCGACCGUCGAGUGCAGCAGCUGCAAUCGCAGGUGUUGGCAGCGCCUCGGGGAGUGCAUCCUUGGCUAGUGGAACGCUGGGCCGUUCUUCGGCAGGACUGCAUUCGCUUGCCUCUUCGUAUCUGCAAGCGGCCGAAUCGCACCCGACGUUGCUGCUGGAGCAUCCUCACAUCUACGAACUGGCGAAACUUCCGGCGGAUCUGGCGACGCUGCUGCAAGAUACGCGUCGUCGGCCAUGCAAGAAGUGCGGCAACGUUCCACCGGAGCCAGCGCUGUGCUUGAUGUGCGGCGACGUAGUCUGUCUGCAGUCGUUUUGCUGUCAGAGCGAAGACGAUGGCGAGCGCGGCGAGUGCAACCAACACAUGGACAGCUGUGGCGGAAGUGUGGGUGCGUACUUUAAGAUCAAGAGCAACCUGGUCUUGUUGCUGUACCAGGGGAAUGGGACGUUCCACUUCUUGUCGCCGUAUCUGGACAGUCAUGGAGAGAUUGAUGUGGGGCUGAGGAAGGGUAGGCCGCAGAAGCUGCAUCAGCAGAGGUACGACGAGUUGCGCAAGCAGAUAUGGGGCCAUGGCGUGGCGAAUAUUGUUGCGAGAAAGAUUGAGGCUGCCAUGGACCAGGGUGGCUGGCAGACGUUCUAG